AUGGAAGCAAAUGGACGCAAAGAAAAUGCAAUAGUUUAUGUUAUUGCGAAUGGCACGCAAGACUUGUUGGGCAGAGAAACGGCGACACGGCUAGGUGUUUUGAAAAUUGGUGCAGAUGUGAAUAAAGGUGUCAUAUCACAAUCAUUUCCCAAGCUCAAAGAUGUAUUGGUAGAAAUUCCUAUAGAUGAAAAUGUACAACCAGUCUCACAGCCAUAUCGGAGAAUACCUUUGCCUAUCCAACAAAAAGUUGAGAGCAAGAUCCAAGAGUUACUCGAUCGAGAUAUUAUUGAAGAAGUUAAUGGACCUUCACGAUGGGUUUCACCAAUGGUGCCCAUUAUGAAAGAAAAUGGAGAUUUGCGGUUGUGUGUGGAUAUGCGUCGUGCUAAUGCUGCAAUUUUAAGAGAAAAUCAUCCAUUACCAUGUAUGGAUAAACUAUUACCGGAAAUUGGGAAAGCUAAAUAUUUUAGCAAACUUGAUAUCAAGGACGCUUUUCACCAGUUGGAAUUACACCCAGAUUGUAGACAUAUUACCACUUUUAUAACAGCCAAAGGGCUCUAUCGCUAUAAAAGACUCAUGUUUGGCAUAUGUUGUGCGCCAGAGAUAUUUCAAAAAGUACUGGAGAAACUUUUAGUUAAAUGCGAUGGGGUCAUUAAUUUCAUUGAUGAUAUUUUAGUUUUUGGGGAGGAUGAACAACAACAUGACAUGCGUCUGGAAAUGGUACUGAAAGUAAUUAAGGAGAAUAACAUACAACUCAAUGAGCAGAAGUGCAUAUACAAAGUGAAACAGGUGCACUUCUUGGGACAUGAACUAUCAAAGCAUGGAGUGAAACCUUUGCCAAAGUAUAUGGAGAGCAUCACCACCUUCAGACUUCCGAUAACAAUAGAAGAACUACAGAGCUUUUUAGGACUUGUGAAUUAUGUUAACAAGUGGUUACCCAAUUUAGCCACCAGAACAGAACCUUUAAAAGAACUGUUAAGGAAAAAACUGGGGAAAAAAUCUGAUAUCAGACCGUAUUGGACAAGUGAGCAAGACAAGGCAUUUACAGAGCUGAAAGAUGCACUAAGUAAAAUACAGACGUUGGGAUUUUACGAUAUUAAAGAUAAAACCCAAGUUAUUGCUGAUGCCAGCCCAGUUGGCCUUGGAGCAAUUUUAAUACAGACCGAUUCAAAUGGACCACGGAUAAUCGCCUACGGAAACCGGACACUGACUGACUGCGAAAGGAAAUACAGUCAAACCGAGAAAGAAGCUCUUGCUCUGGUCUGGUCUGUUGAACACUUCAACAUUUUCCUUUUCGGCAAGAAAUUUGAUCUCAUCACAGAUCACAAACCAUUGGAAAUAUUGUUUGGAUCAAGAUCAAAGCCGUGUGCACGCAUCGAGCGCUGGGUGUUGAGACUCCAAUCAUAUGAUUAUAACGUGAUCUAUAAACCAGGAAAGGUGAAUAUUGCUGACCCGCUGUCUCGUCUAUGCAAAUUGAUUGGUGCACAAUCUGCAGGAGGAGACGAACACAUACACCAAAUUGUAGAGGAAGCCAGACCACAUGCGAUUUCGAUGUCUGCCAUUAUUGAAGCUUCUAUAAAUGAUGAAGAAAUCAGAGGCGUAAAAAACGGAGUGUAUGAAAAAGAGUGGCAUGAGACUGUUAAAGGAUAUAAGAUAUUUGAGAACGAACUAUGUUUCUAUGGCGAUAUUUUACUUCGGGGGAACCGAAUUGUCAUACCUCAGAAAUUACGGAAAGGAGUAUUGGACGCUGCACACGAAGGCCACCCUGGGAUAGUUGCUAUGAAGGGCAGGCUCAGGUCCAAGGUGUGGUGGCCAAGAAUCGACAAAGACGUAGAAAAUUUAGUCAAGUCCUGCAAGAGUUGCACUUUAGUAGGACUGCCAAAUCCUCCAACACCGCUGAAGAGACGCGAACUCCCUUUAGCUCCGUGGGUUGAUGUUGCGAUGGAUCUUCUAGGACCUUUACCUAAUAAUGACUACCUGCUAGUUGUAGUAGACUAUUAUAGCCGCUAUAAAGAAGUAAAGAUCUCCAGGACAAUAACGAGUCACCAAAUUAUAAAGCUGCUCAAGGAAAUUUUUAGCAGACUAGGUUACCCUGUCUCGAUUACUGUUGAUAAUGGCCGGCAGUUUGUUAGUGAAGAGUUUCGAUUGUACUGUGAAGAGUGCAAUAUCACCGUUCACAACACAGUACCAUAUUGGCCCCAGAUGAACGGAGAGGUUGAACGACAAAAUCGUGAUAUAUUGAAACGCCUCAAAAUUAGCCAUCUAGAAAAAAAGGAUAUUAAAGAAAGUCUGAUGGAGUAUCUUAUAAUGUAUAACAGUACACCCCACUCGACUACAGGGAAAUCACCAUCAGAGCUGUUUUUCAGAAGGCAAAAUAGAGACAAAAUUCCAUCAAUUGACCGAAUUGAAGGUACUGAUGUCGACCUGGAUGUGCGUGAGCGAGAUAAAAUACAGAAAGAAAAGGGGAAAGAAUAUGCAGACAGAAGGAGAGGCGCUAGUGAGCCUAAUCUAGCAGAAGGAGAUAAAGUGUAUGUCAAGAAUAUGGAUAAAGGAAAUAAGCUCUGUCCAAACUACAAUCCAACACCUCAUACGGUACAGAGUGCUAAUAGAGGAGAUGUGUCAGUAAAGAAUGAUCUAACGGGUCAAGUUCUGAGAAGAAAUGUGGUUCACCUGAAAAGAGUAGAAGGACAGUGGGAAGCUGUUCAACAGGAAGAUCAGGAGAAGGCGCCGACGAGGCAAACAGUGAUGAGCAAAUGUAGCUUGUUUUAA